AUGUCUGAACCCGACUUUACAAUACUGACCCCCAACGCCAUGCUUGGCUAUGGCUACCGUCAAGACCACUUCUGGCACGGCAUUGAAACUUACAAGCCCAGUGCUAUAAUUGUGGACAGCGGAUCAACAGAUGGUGGCCCCUACAAGCUUGGCAUGAACAAAAUGACAUGUGGUCGGGAGUCUUAUGUGCGAGACCUGACCAGCAUGUUGGAAGCGAGCUUUUACCGGAAAAUCAAGGUUCUCAUAAGCUCUGCGGGCGGCGAUGGAAGCAACUCUCACGUGCGUGAGAUGCUAUCAAUUGUCGAGGAGAUUGCAAAGAAAAAGGGGUUCAACUUCAAUGUUGUCACCAUUGAGCAGGAUAUUCAGCGGCAAUGGAUCAAGACACGUGUCAUUGAGGGCAAGUCCAGCCCUUGCGGACCGCUUGACCCUCUGCACGUUGCAGAUGUUGAUGACGCUGUGGAAAUCGUGGGCCAAAUGGGGGCAGAGCCUUUUAUCAAGGCUCUGGAACAAGAUCCUGAUAUUAUUAUCGGUGGACGGUCAUACGACCCAGCUCCAUUCGCCGGCUUUUGCUUAUGGCAAGGCGUGGAACCAGGGACCGCCUGGCACAUGGGCAAGAUUAUGGAAUGCGGAGGUAUAUGUGCAGUCCCCAAAGGUCGCUCCAUGGUUGCCCGCAUCCGCAAAUCAUCCUUUGAUUUGACGCCGCUUUCCCCGCUCGAGAAAUGCACACCCAUCUCUGUCGCCGCUCAUACACUUUAUGAAAAGACCAGGCCCGACAGGCUACCCGGACCCGGCGGCAUUCUUCAUCUGGACAAGGCUCAGUACGAGCAAUUGCCUGAUGGUCGCACGGUGCGCGUCCGGGGUGCCGAAUUCAUCCCGACGCCUGUAUACCAAGUCAAGCUCGAAGGCGUCAAGAGGCUGGGCCAUCGCACCAUUUUCAUUGGCGGAAUACGGGAUCCGAUUCUCAUUGGGCAAAUUGACGACUUUUUGGAAAAGGUGAGGCGAUACAGCCAGAACUUAUUCCCAGAGCUCGAUCAGAGCGAUGCCUGCCGUCUUAUAUACCACAUUUACGGGCGAAAUGCAGUCAUGGGGCCCCUCGAGACACGACAUCUUGGAGGAGAAAGUCAGCAACCGCAUGAAAUCGGCAUCAUGGGCGAAGUGGUAGCUCCCGACAAGGACAAGUCGCAUGCAAUUGCAAACAAUGUGCGUACCUCUAUUCUGCAUUUCCCCUACGAUGGUCAAUUGGCGACUACGGGCAAUUUCGCCAGCCCGCUAUCACCUCAUGAGCAGGAUGCAGGUGAGGUCUUCAAGUUCAGUGUCUAUCACUUGAUUGACCUGGAGAAAGGCGAGGAGACUAGGCUUUUCCCCUUGAGUACCAUGGUUAUUCAAAACCGGGAUGAUGGCAUCGAACCUGAUGAGCCUGAACACUUGCACUCGGCUCAGCGACAAGAGCUGGAGUCUCAGAUCCCGGUGGAAGUGCCCAGAAAACGAGUGCCUGAUGGUGAGGUGGCAAUGCUCGACAUUGCCAAAGUGGUCCGGUCCAAGAACAGUGGACCAUUUGAACUGACUUUGGACAUCAUGUUUGACGACUUGGGGGCAUAUCGCCGGGUCAAGAGCGCCAACAUACUCACCAACGAGGUCAUCAAGAAGCUUUACAGGGUACAAGAUGAGGAUAUCAUAACCAAUAUGUACUUUGAUCCAGCCAUGGCUUGGAAGUGCACAUUGAAGCGCCCGUGGGCGCAGGGUAGUGUAGGAGAGAGGGACACGCUCGGUACUCAGCAGCACGCCCCAUUGCUGAGUCUUCGCGUUCCAGCUGUAUAA